UCUUUAAGGAGUGACGUAAAAAGGGUGAGACUUUCCGACACAAAUGAUCGAUGACGUAUUUCCUGCACCUAUAAUUCCCUCCUGAGGGGGUCCUAUAGAUCACACAGUGACUCCUUCCUCUAAGUAAGCUGGUCUCGAACAAAGUCUCUCCCUUGAUUCACGGUUAUACCAAGUUGUAUAAUUGAUAAAUAAUACUAGAUGAAGGCCAUAUAUUUUGAUAAGACCGCACCCGGUACUAUAACCUGUGACCUCUUCAUGCAGACCAAGAAUGUUAACCACGACCUCCAGCAAGCUGCACAGAAUGCUGGAGGCAAUUCGGAUAAUGCCACUUCUUCUAAUUGGAAAAAUGGAUUUCCAAGGACUGAAAAAGUCGAUACAUCAAUAGUCGCACAAGGACGUUGUGCUGGUCAACCAGAUCUGUCCAACAGCCAGUAUUCUCCCAGACCCUUGUUACCUCCUAAACCAUCGUCAGGCCCUCCACCGUAUAGAGCACCACCUUAUCCUUUUGGAGCCAGUAAUGGGCUGAGGCAUUCACUUGUAACGAGAGGUCGAUGUCCUUCUCCUGCUCCUCCAGAGACUUCUGAACUGUCUAAAAAUGGACAGGAGGCUGAACUGGGAUCAUCGUCAUCAUCAACAACAACCCAAGCUGCAAGUGCGGGACGAUUAAUCGAUUCAAAUCCUACUUCUUUGGGAAUUUCAAAGUUGUCUCAAGGAUUUAAAUUCUGCCAGAAUGGUGAUUUAGAACAGAACUGCAACGAUUCAGAAAUACCAACUUGUAGAACACAAGCAUGGAUUGAGGAACAGAAAACGACCUUCAAAUCGGUCAGUUCUCUUCAACAAAGAAUUAAAUCUUUUCUUCAUCCAUCCACUACAUCGAAUGUAAGGAAAACAGAUAGACCUCAGCAGGAAGCUGAGUCUGACAAAUUAUUGUUGCCUUCAGUUUCUAAAGGGGAUGGUGUCGACAAUCCUGCAUUGGCAACAUCCGUUAGUGACGUGAGGAUAACGGAAACGGAUAUUCCAGGGAGCAUCACGGAUAAACAUGAAACAGGAGGACAAAUCAUAAACGUUUCUGGUGGAGGAUGUAGAAGUAGACAAGGGACAACCUCGUCGAAUGAUAAUGAAGACGGAAGAAUACUUCGCCAGAAUAUCGUUGAAUCCAAUGAGAAUUCUUCAAAUGUUUUGGACAAAGUGAUAACUAAUAGUGUUGAUACACAGAAUCUUUGCUGGAGUGAUUAUUUAAUGAGCAGAACUAAUUAUGAAAAUAUGUCACAUAACAUGACAACGACUUACAACUAUGAUAAAAUAUUACCAAAGAGUUCUAUAGGGAAAAGUAAUCAGGACGAUAAAAAUAGCCCUUAUAAACAUCUACCCUAUUGUGCAGCUGCACGAUUACAAGAAAAGGAAAUUAAAGAUCAACCCUCCAUUGCAUCUUCAGAAGGGCCUUAUCAUUCUGUAAGAAAUUUAAGAUGUUAUCAGGAAAGAAUCAAUGAGGUUGAAAAUAAGAUCAAGACUCAAGAGGGCUAUUUUCAACCGGAUAUUUUACGCGAUUCUACGGAUACUUCGAGCGAACAGUACAAGAGUUCUUCAGAAUCUGGUAGAGGAACUAUGCAUAGUGGAAUCAUGGGUAGCAAAAGUCCAACGGGUGCAAAGAGCAGUGGACCCAGUACAGUAGAUAGCAUUUUAGACAGCAGCUUAGAUUCUGAUCAGAGCACGAAUGGGAACCGCAAAAGCCACAAAUUAGAAGCUGUCGUUAAAGCAAAUGCUAUAGUAAAUUUGCAAACCGACGGUACUUGCAGUGAAAGCUUUUCUAUUACACCGCCCCUUCCUCCUCUAUCGCCUCCUCACACCCCAGAAAUCGGAAGAUGUCUUUCACCAGAAUCAAAAUAUCAUCAUUCUAUGAGUAGCACAAUGUUGAAUCCCUCAAAUAUCGAGCAAGGCGGUCAAGAUUACAUAAAGAAAUCUACAAUAUCUGAUUCCAGACAAGAUAUAUCGAGUUCCUCAAAAAACAGAAAAUCCAUGAGUUCCACAUCUCAAUCUCCAACAAAGCUCUGGGAAAUGAGAAAUAAACCUUGUACUCGUUCUGGCAUGUGUUCUUCUUAUAGACAAGGAAUGAUAGGAGCAAACCUCAGCAAUCAAAGUGGCCAUUGCACCAAAAGUGGUCGUCUUUCACCAAGAGUUCGAUCUUCAAAAAUAUCAUUAGGCCCUAUUUAUGCGGAGUCCGUAGAUGCAGACAUGACUUCUACAACUACUGGAUUGGAUAUGGACAGUUUAUUAGACGAACCAGACGAUUACAGUAGCGAAUGUAGCGCUACAACGAGUAAUCUAGACAAUACAGAAGUUGCUGUUAUACGAAAACAAUUAGAGGGAUUAGAACUCAUGUACUCAGAAAUUCUUCGUAUAUUGGGUGUGAAACCAACAAAUUGCAAUGCAACAAAUUCUCGAACGAGUUCGGAAUUGUUUCGUCCAUCUAGAAGAAGGGUAUAUGGAAGUUUAUCAUCACUUACUGGAAGAAGCUCCGUAAGCAGAGGUACACACAGUUUCCGUGAUAAAAGAGGCUAUACUGAUAGAAGAAAAUCGAAAGAUUCCAAAUCUUGUGCUAGCAAGAGGUUACAACGGUUAGAAUCUCACGUGAUAACACUGGCUAGAAGCAUUGCACAUUUGUCUUCAGAAAUGAGAACUCAACAGAUGUUGAUACAAGAAUUAGAUAGCUUAAGAAGAGAUGUCGGUUGGGUUCAGGAGCAGUUGCAGUUAGUUCGGUUAUCUUCUUCGGGUGGCACUACUACCGAAAAUCACGUGAGGUCGAGUAAAGGGCAUCACAGCACAUCGCAAAGUAAAGAUUGGGACAGAUUAAGAAAAGAAAUUUUAGAGUUAAUCAGUCCCGGAAGGGUUCAAAAACUUACAAAAUUUUUUGGAGAUGAACCUCCUCUCUUAAGGCAAUUUCUGAAGAAGCUUGGUUAUGAAAAAUAUGCCCCGCAAUUCGAAUUGGAAAAGAUCGGUAUAAUGGAACUUCCAUAUUUAACAGAAGACAGACUUCAAAAAAUAGGAAUACCCAUGGGCCCACGGAUGCGUAUCUUGCAAGAAGCGCAAAUGUCAUUCCGACAAGAUCAGUUGAAAAUUUAUAUUGUAUAAUAUAUUUAAGUUAUAUUUUUUGAUUCUUUUUUGGCACUUAGUCGUCUCUGUGUACAUCUCAGAAAUGAUAU